UUAAAAUAGAAAUAAAAUUAGGACUUAUAGAUACGAGUAGAAAAAAGGGAAAAUGGCAUGGGGAAAUCACUCCUUCAUCACUAUCUUUUCAUUCGUAUGAUAAUGUGAGGGAGAAGGACAGAUAAGUAAAGUGUAAUAAGGUGAGAAGUCUUGGCUUCAACUCCACCCUUCUCCUGGUUCAUGGCCCAAUCAAAUCUGAUUAUAGAUCUUUUAUGCCAAGGAUCUCCCUUGUCAUAUCUGUCACAGUAAGAUGAAACCGAGACAAGAAGGCACAAAAACAAAGAAAGAGUGACAGAGAAGAGAGGAGAAGAGAAGAGAAGGGUCAGUAAUGAAGUUUGCUCCAGCUUCUCAGAGUAAAUCCCUGUUAGAUAUGGAGGUAGCCAACUACUGUGAAGGUCUGGAUCCAUCAUACAGCACACUGGGCUUUGAGAACGCAGACGUCCAUUAUGGAGGAGACAGCAUGCCGACAGAGCCGAGCCACUCGGGUCCAGAUGGACUCAGCAGUAACUGUGCGAUCUGUGGAGACAAAGCUACGGGGAAACACUACGGGGCCUCCAGCUGUGAUGGUUGUAAAGGCUUCUUCAGACGCUCCAUACGCAAGAGCCAUGUGUACACAUGCAGGUUCAGCAGACAGUGCAUUGUGGAUAAAGAUAAGAGGAACCAGUGUCGUUUCUGCAGACUCAACAAAUGCUUCCGGGCUGGCAUGAAAAAAGAAGCUGUGCAGAAUGAAAGAGAUCGUAUCAGCUCCCGAAGGAGUAUUCCUGACACCCAAGACCUGCCACCCAUCACUGUCCUGGCACAGGCAGAAUCAUUAUCCCAACAGAUCACUACGCCAAUACCACUAGCUGACAUAUCGGAGCUGAAAUCGGCCACUGUUGGGGAUGUUUGUGAUUCUAUGCGGCAACAGCUGCUGGUGUUGGUGGAGUGGGCCAAAUACAUCCCUGCCUUCGGAGAGCUGCAGCUGGACGACCAGGUAAGCUUGCUCCGGGCUCAUGCAGGGGAACACCUCUUGCUCGGGGUCGCCAAAAGGUCGAUGCAGUUCAAGGACUUCCUACUUUUAGGAAACGGCUGUGUGAUACACAGGAACAGCCCUGAGACUGAGAUCUGCAGGGUAGCCAACAGAGUCCUCGAUGAGCUUGUUCAGCCCUUCCAAGAUAUUCAAAUAGAUGAUAACGAGUACUCAGCUCUCAAAGCGAUCGUCUUCUUCGACCCAGAUGCCAAGUCUUUGCGGAACCCCUCAAAGAUUAAGGCCACGCGUCUGCAGGUUCAGAUGAGUCUGGAAGACUAUAUUAAUGAUCGUCAGUAUGACUCCAGGGGUCGUUUUGGAGAGCUCUUACUCCUGCUGCCCACCCUGCAGAGCAUCACCUGGCAGAUGAUUGAACAGCUACAGUUCAUUAAGCUCUGCGGCCUAGCCAAAAUAGACAACCUGCUGCACGAGAUGCUGCUGGGAGGGCUAGCAGCGGAGCCCACGCACCUGCACCACCCAGCACACACCCAGCUGGCCCAGGACCCUGUGACUGGACACACACUGGUCAUCAGCACUAUGCCUGCCACACACACUCCACAAAUAGCCUCCCCAGACACUCCCAUCCCUUCGCCCCCUCAGGGUCCUGCCCCGGAAAUGUACAAGCACUUUUCCCAGCCUCUCUGUCCUGCAACCAGCCCAUCACCUUCCACGAAGACAGACCCCUGAGUCCUCCCCGCACUACGUUAAGGAGCCUGACACGGGAGCAGUUUCCUCAGCUCAGUUUAAAAUCACAAAAACACUUCAGUAUACUGUACAUGGAUAGAUUUUAGCCUACUUUGUCCCUGUGCUGCUGCAACGAACAAUUUUUCGUCAGCCAACGAACAAUUUUUGGAGCCGAGUGCAGCAUUUGCAGGGCUUUCUUCAACAGGAACACAUCCAAACUAAGCUUUUUCUUCAGUUUUCAAUUGGCACAUGUCUUGGAAGCAGAGAUGGUGCCGUGCAGCUGGGGCCCGUGGUGUUCUGAUAAGAUGGGGGAGUGCAAUCUAGGGGGCUGUUUUUGACUCUAAAUUGCAUUAUUGCCUGCUCAGACCACAUCUUCCUGCCGUCGUCACACAGCAGUAAGAAUGAUGUGUGUUUUACCGGAUGUGUAAUUUGCAACGGUGGCUCACCGGUAGCUUCAGUGUAUGACAGCAGGAUCAGUCAUCUGAAAGCACAUUAUGUGUUUUCUUCUGAGUUUAACAGUGAACUCAUCUGGAGUGAUGCAGCUGUCCCCAGGAUGAGUCCUGAGCUCCAUCAAACACAUGCAGGUAUUAGGAACAAAGUAAAAACUGUGUGAAAGAGAGCUGUUCUUUACAAUCUUGUCAUUCAUUUUACACUUCAUAUAGCUAGUGUUAUGAAUUUGCCACUCCAAGUUAGUCAAAGAAAUAUUCCUUUUUAUCCCUAAAUGAGUAUUCUCAGAACAAAUAUAACACACUGGAGCAUGAGGUCUGGCAGUCGCUUUGAUAAUAUGAAAAACAGAGAAAAACAUCAGCACUGGCACGCUGAUCUGUUACCUUCAAUAAUCUCCAAAUCAAAAUAAAUAUUGGCUUCGCUUCCCGUUGGUCUGACUUGACCCGACUCUAGCUAAAAUAAGGCCUCAGCGUUGCAUGUAGGGAAGUAAGACCAAAAGCUUGCAGUACAACACGGCAAAUAAAUGCGGAGUAGUACGUGCUAUGUACCUACUGUUGGUCUCGGUGGAUUUGCAUCUUCUAACUAUGUGGACAGCAAAGAAUAGAGCAAACACCUCUGCGUACUGUCAGCACAGCUGGGACAGGGUUGACCUCUUGAUGGUUUCUAACCGUGCAGAGAAACAAACUGGUGUCUCUUUCUGAAUGUGAUCUUUCGCCACGUUCGCCAAAUAGCAAUAGAUAUUUCUUCUAUGAAUAAAGACUGAUUCAAGGCAAAAAGACGCGUUGAUUACAUGUUUCGGAUAUAUAAAUGUCUCAGAUGAAGGAAAAAAGAAGCACCAUUAAAGUGUAGAUAUAUCAAUUAGCCUUUGUUAAAUACACAUCUAUAAGCAGCUGCACUUGUAGCUGGGGCUGCCUCAUCGUUCUGACACUUACAGUCGAGUUGUUAUUUAAUUAUAUGGGGGGGGGGUACGUUGUCGUUCACAACGUCUACAUUCCAUAAUUAAACCUCUCUCAGCUUCCAUCUCUCCAUCGGAUCUACUGCUGUUUAUAAAAGGGGACAAAAUGAGCAUAAAUCAUGAGCUGUUUUCGACGCUGACCUGUUCCGACCUGCUGAUGCUUUAUGCACUCAUUAAUGAUGCAUUUAGCUGCACCCAAUUUGCGCCGUGACCUGAGCUCACCAAAACUGCACGCCCAUUGGUCUUGGCAUCCAUAGCUCUUGAUUGGCUUUGCGUCUCUACCUGUUGCAGGAAUUUAAAAUCAUCAAUGUUCAAAAAAACACCCCUCAAAGUGAAGUCAAGCUAGAGAACCCCAAACUAGGUUUUUUCAGUAAACAUGCUGUGAAUCUUUAUGGUCACUUAAAACUAACUAAUAAUACUAAUGCCGGUUGUCUAUCUAGUGUUCAGGUUUUUAUGUUAGGAAUAUUAUAAUAAACGUGGAUUUUUGCUUAAAACCCUUUUUAUUUGAACAGUAGAUUAGUUGUUUUAACACUGUAUUUGUGUUUUUAGACCUUUAUGAUUAUGUUAUUUACAGUUUAUCAAAUGCAAAAUUUUGAAAAUAUUAAAAUUUACAAAAAUAUUAUCUAAUCAUGUUUCAGAGGAACCUCCUCGGUAAGAAGUUACAGCUGAAACCGAGUGCUCCAUUUCCUGUAAACCUCAAUGAUGUAUGAGUAGGAUCAAAAACAUUUGCACACUAUUUCAAGAUCAGGAAACAUGCUUUUACACUACAAGUGCUUUACAGGUGGACUCUCCUGAUACGUAGCUAUGAAUACGUUCGUCUUUCACAGCGACAUAUGAAUAUUCUGAUUCUGCAUGUCUGUAGGAACGUAGACAUGUGUAUAUACAUUUGAUUGGGUUUGGCAAUUUAGGGCAAAAAUCAGGAUCACAAUUUUGAAAGUAGCACGGAAACCUCAGCUUCAGAGCAAAAAUUGUUAUAUUUAACUUGCAUAAUGCAAAAUGCAUAAUUGGAAAUACUCUGGGCAUCAACAUGUUUUCAUUUUCUUGAAUCAUAUAUAUAUAUAUAUUUGUCUUUGUUUUGUGUUGAUAAUGUGUAUAUUUCUUAAUUUAUGUUCAAUGAUUAAAACCCUUUUAUACCACAGUAUGGUAUGGUCUAGUUUCUCUCUCUUGAUGUGUCAUAUAGAUGUAAUAGGUAAUAUCUGUUUGCCAUAAUAAAGCAAGAUGAAGUAUAGAAAGUCUAAGAUGGAAAA